AUGUAAGAAGACCCUCACCACUUUCACCAAGGUGCUUUCCGAUUGGCAUCCUCUCAACGCAGCCCACCAAUCACGUUGCAGCAAGUGUAAUAAGAGGAAGCAGACCAGGAUGUUGGUGCUGGAGAGGGUGUCUCCUGUGUUUGUGCUGCACUUUGUAGAAGGUCUUCCUGACAACGACCUCUGUGUGUACUCCUUCACCUUCCAGCAGCAGGAAUACUCCGUCACCACAGUCAUACAGUAUGACCAGCAACUCAAGCACUUUGUCACCUGGAUACGCAGACCUGACGGAUCGUGGUUGGAGUUUGACGAUCUGAAGCACCCUAACUGUGUCUCCCACACCCAGCUGGUGGUCCCUCCUAGAGAAAUCCACGUUGUCUUCUGGGAGUUGAAGACCGACAGACCGGACAACCCACAGACACCUUGCUCUCCCCCUGUAUCCCUGACAAGCACUUUACUGAUACACAAAGAACUGCAGCAACCUCCCUUAGCCAAACUCUUUGUCAACGAUGAAUCUCAAGACAUCUCUCAGACGGUCUCUGAUGAUGCGGACACUGACAUGGACACCCCCAUAACUGCUGGCUAUAUUGAUAACGAUAUGGACACAACAUUAAGGAAUAACGUUAACUCUCCCAUCGCCACCGGUUCCACCAGCGUGCUUCAUGGCGUACCGGCUCAGUCCUGUUACCCCAACCUCUCUCUCCCUCUCCUUCACAACGACACAGCCAUUGUCGAGGCACUGGCGGUGUCUGACGAUACCGACAACGACAUCAUGGACACCACGGUAACCACCGGUAACGCUGGUAACUCGUCUAUCAGUAGCACCACACUGCUCGACACCUUCGAGGGCCUCUCCCACGAUGACAUUGUCACCCUGACGCUCGUAGAGGUCAGAGUUGACUCUGAUGGGAGGCCGUUGGACGACAACAAUGUCUCCCUGGCUCCCAGGCAAAAUGGAGACCUCAGUCCUCCUCUACCUGCUCCUACACCUGAGGCCGAGAACCCCGCACCUGCCCAUGAAACGCCCCCUGAAACAGAUGUUGUCAUCAUCAAAAGGCCAUCGUCCCCUGAUACGGCCAGUGGGUUUCUCCUUGACAGCAGUGACGGUCCUUCUGAGCCCGACUCUGAAAAGCCCACUCCUCCGUGUCCUCCCAAGCUCAGAAGGGGCAGAAGCACCAGCAAUAAGGCCAAAAUGAUGGCAUCCAACACUACAGUUGCACCAGCAGCUAAGGUGGUCACAACAACACCACCAAGAACAGCUACACCAAUCGCACUUCCUGGAAACUGUGGUGGAAUAAUCCUGCCCUCAGUUGUAUCUAUGAUGUCACCAUCAUAUGUGGAACCCAGCACCCUCACAUCAGAGGCCCCUACUCCUCCCUCUCCCCCGCCCCACUCCGAACCCGCUGCUACCUCCAUCUCUCUGCAGAGCAAACCCGGCCUUCCUCCACCCCUGGACCCCAACUCUCGCUGGUCCUACCUGCUUAGCCUCCACCCCACCUCCAUCCCCAAUCCCCCAAGAACCCAGAGUCAUUUCAACCACUCAACACCCAACCGGUUCCAGCAGCUUUCACAGAGCUGGCAGACCCCAAGGAUGGCUCCCCCCAACCCAGACGCCAGGCUGAAGAAGCCUCCGCCUCUACCCAAACCCAAACUAAGUAAGGUGGACAACGAGGCCCUGCCGGUGAAGGCUGCCGAGAUGUACGGAGGGUUCCAGGCCAGAAGCAGGAUCGUAAAUAUAAACAUAAACAGUCCCUCCAAGACUUCACCUCCCACCCAGCUUCUCUCUCAAAGAAUUGACCCUCAAAAUGGACCCUGGAAGAUACCAAGUCAACAUGCCGCCCUCGUCUCGCGAAAACCCCUUAUCAACCACACUACUUCAGCAGUGCCUAUUGUGACAUCACUUCCUCCCUCUCCAGGAGUCACGGAGCUCCCUAAAAUCUCUUCCUCCAGGAAACACAGCCCAGGCGGUCAGGUCAGUGAGACCGAUGCCCUCAGGUACAAGCUGCUGAAGAAGCUGAAAGCCAAGAAGAAGAAACUAGAGAAGCUGAAUCAGAUGCUGGGUUACCAGGGGGGUGUGGGAGGACGGGGGGAAGUAACCUGCACACCAGACAUCACUGAUCGGAGUCCUUCCCACACCGUGAGCUCUAGUACCUCUGUCUAUGACAGUCCCGCAUACGACCAGUUCUUUGCCGACCUUCUGUCGCCGGCGACGACCGCCAGCAACCUAUCGCCGGACAGCACAGGCUUCCUGGAGAUGCUGACCACCAAUGGGCAAGAAGGGGGCGGGGACUUGGCGUGUGGGAGGAAUGGUAUUAGUGGAGCCUCAAAGGUGGUGACACCUGUGAUCUUGCCUACGGCCAAUCACGGUGUAGUAGUGCCACAGCCUGGUCUAGCCGAGCCAAUCACGACCUCUGGUGAGAACUUCCUGGAAGAGUUCAUAUCAGGGUCGGCCAAUCAGCAGACGGAGAUGGAGACUGAUACCCUCAGUGCUCUCGACCUGUUCUUUUAGGCUCGUUAACUACAGGUCUAGGAUCUGCUAACAACUCUUCACCCAACCCCUAAGCUUAAACGUUAGGGGAAAUGCAAAGCUGACCUCAGAUCAGUGGCUAAGGCUACGUCUCAAAUGGCAUGCUAAUCCCUAUAUAGAGCCUCUGGUCAAAAGUAGCACCAUGGAGAUCCUAUUAAAUUAAACCAUUGUAAUUCCUAAUUAUUAUGAGUAGUGCACUAUAUAGGGAGUAGUGUGGCAUUUUGGACACAUACAGACAGUAGGAGAAACUACAUGCUACUAUUCCUUUCAGUCGGGAGAAUAUGUGUGUGUGUGUGUGUGCUUGGUAUCAAUGGGUUGUUCUGUUCUGGAUAGCAUGUGUUACAUGAAGCGGAAUCAAACGGCCAUUUUAAAGGGAGCGUUCACCUAAAUUACAAAGUGACAUAUUGGUUUUCUUACCCUGGAAGCAGUCUAUGGACAAGGUAUGAUAGCAAAUCCAUGCUUUGGUUUAGUUUCCCUGGCACUGUUUCCACGCGCUAACAUUUUAGCAUUUGUGGCACAAAUCCCAUUCAAGUCAUGGGACCGAUAUUGUUUUCUAUGCAUCCUGUUCAAAUCAUAUUUAAGUGACUGUUUAGAUUCACAAUCAAUUUUAGAUCAUUUUGGAUGGUUAGGACAGGAUGCAUGAAAAAUGCUAAUAUCAGUCCCAUGAAUGGGAUUUCUGACACAAAUGCUAAAACGUUAGCAUAUGGAAACAAUGCCAGGGAAACUUAACCAAAGCAUGGAUUGCUGUCAUCCAUAGAUUGCUUACAGGGUGAGGAAACCAAUGCGUCAUUUUGUAAUUUGGGUGAACUAUCCCUGUAACUCUGGUAAGCACUCGGAUAUCGCUCAUGUAUUUUUUUGGUUUACCAAGAAUGUUGAAGUUGAACAUGGAGUAAUGUUAAUACUCACUGAGGCUUUGUCUUGAAUGGCACCCUAUUCCCUACAUAGUGCCCUACUUUUGACUAGGGUCUAUAGGGAUCUGGUCAAAAGUAGUGUACUUUUUAAAGGGAAUWGGGUGCCAUUCGUGAUGGAACCAUAGUACUUACAGGUUCUGAGGCUUUAAGGGAGAUUAAAAAUGGAGGUUGUUUGAGUAUUCUGGGAAGUUAAUAGACCCAAUUAUUUGACACAGYAAAAUCUCCUGAAGACGACAUAUGCUGUUUUUGUUUGCCUCUUUUAUUUUCGUUUGUCUGAAUUACUUGAAAACCUGAAAACUAGGAUAAAAAGCCUGACAUCUAUGAUAAAAAUAUGUUUGUGUUUUAAAGGGUGGUUCGAUCUCUUAUCUUUUGAAUGUAUUUUUUGUAACAAAAAGUGUGACAGAGUUCUAAAAUGUUGUACUGAAUCAGAUACUGUAUGUAAUUCUAAUAAAAUCUUAUUUACAUGGAUA